AUGUGGCGGGAACUCGAAGCCAGUCAGCGGCGCCACCCGCCCGUCUCUGCCUGCGCAGACCUCGCCGCCGUGCCCUGCUCGCUGCCCGGGCAGCUCUUUGUGGGCCACGCGGACGCAGCCGCCAACCCAUCGGCGCAUGGUAUCACGGCCAUCAUCGCGCUGGGCACGGGCAAUCUCUCGCCGCUCCACGAUGUCCUUUGCAUUGCCAUCGUCGACAUGGAAGACGCCUUCUUGCUCGAGCAUCUGCCUGCAUGCUACGCCUUCUUGCACGCGCGCUUGGCGGCUGGCGGCAACGUGCUCGUCCACUGCGCGUACGGGCAGUCGCGCAGCGCGGCCAUUUGCGUCGCCUUUCUCAUGCAGCUCGACGGACUGCGCUUUCCCGCCGCAUACGCGAUCGUCCAAGCGGCGCGCCCAUGCAUUUACAUCAACGCGGGAUUCCUCCGCCAGCUCGAGCUCUUUGAUGCGAUGCAGUGCUCGCUCACGGGCCACUCGGUCGCCCACGCUACGUACCGCACCAUGUGCGCACACGAGCACAAGCGCAACACGUACGCGGUGCGGCUCUUGCCGUUUGAACUCGCGACCAGCGCUCCUCUGCACGACCCUUAA